AUGAAGUUCAACACAAAGACAUCAAAGGAAACUCUGAAAAAGGGAAAAAUACCAACAGAUAUUUACAGAAAACAUCAGAAAAAAAAAGAAAAAAAAAAGAAGAAAAAAGAGAGAGCUGAACAGUUAGAAAUUAUCAUAAGUAAAAAAAAUCCUUAUGUAGUUAAGGAAAAAUUAGAUACUCUUAAAAAAAAAGAAAAACAAGGGAAAUUAUUACCAGUAGAAAAGAACAAGUUAAAACAGUAUGAACGUUUGUGGAAUAUAAUAAAAGAAAAGGUAAAGGAUAAAACUUACUUCUAUAAUAACAAUGGAGUUAUAUAUAACAUGAAUGAUGAAAAUGAUGAUAAUAAAGAUAACAGUGAGAGUGAUGAAUUUGAUGAACAGGAUGAAAAUGAUGAAUCUGAUGAAUCUGAUAAGUCUAGUGAUUCUAAUAAGGACAGGUCGAUUUCCGAGGGUAAUGUACCCAGCGCAGAAGCAGAGUUAAAUGCGCAUUCAUUAUUUCCCAAUAACAGUGUUGAUGAAAAUAUUAUAAAAAGUAUUGAUGACAAUGAAGGAGAUGAUUUCUUCUUAGAAUGUUUACCAUCCUUACCCAUAGGAUUACCAAGUGAGUUUAUUAGAGAAAAUGCAGAUACACUUGAAAGGGACUACUGUUUCCAUCUUAAAGGGAAUUCGACGAAUGGGUAUUUUAAUUACACACCAUACACAGCAUUUAAUGCUGCUAGCAAUAGCAAAUCUUGUACGUAUAGCAACAGACAAUAUAGUGGGAACCCUGAUUUAGCAAGUUAUUACUACAAUUAUUAUAAUUGUUAUCAACAACCAUUUUAUGAAAAUUCAGGCAAUAAUAAUAACGGUGAAAAUUACCUGAACAUGCAAGGUAAAAAAGAGAAAGUUCCGCUAAAUAAUGAACCAAAUAUGAAUAUAAGAAAUUUUAACAAAACCAGUAAUAACAAUAAUGUCAAAAAUAGUGACCUCAGUAAUAGCAAUUACAACAGUAAUGAUAACAAUAGUAACAAUGUUAAUAAAAUAAGAACGGAUGGUAUUUGUGAAGGCCCCACACUUUGCCUAAAUGAUGAGUUUAAUAAAGCAAAAUUGGACGAAGAAGAGAAUCAAUUAUUAAAUGAUGUUAGAAAUGGUAAUACUAAUAAUGCUCACGACAACUGUAACAAUGAAAACAAUUAUGUGAAUAAUGCUUUAAAGAAAAAUAUAAAAAAUAGUAACAUUCAUAAUACUGUUAACGUGUUCAAUUACGCUAAUAUGUACUAUCAUAAUUUUAUGCCUAUGCAUUAUAAUAACACGUUAAAUAACAACAGUUUCAGAAGUAAUAAUUGCUCUGCGCAUGCUUAUAAUAAUAAUGCUGUAAAUUAUGCUAUGAGUAAUGGUCAUACGAAUAAUAGUUACGUGCACAGCAGUUAUAUUAACAGCAGCCACAUGAAUAGAGUUUAUAUGAAUAAUAACCUAAUGAAAAACAUUUAUGAUGUCGAUCCGAAAAAUCAUACACAUAAAGGAAAGAGGUAUAAUAAUACUAACACGCAUAAUGGGGAAAACUCGUUAACAAAAAAGUCUUGCACAGAAAAAGAUAGCUAUCAUAAUAUAUCGUCAAACCAUCACGCAAGAACAAGCAAAGCAAAUAAUUCUGCUAUGCAUGUAAACAAAAAUAAUACAAGUACAAAUAAAAUUAAUACAAAUAGAAAUAACGUAAUGGACAAAAGUAAUGAACCGAAUAAUGCUCAAUAUUUUGUUCCAAUUAACUUGAGACUAAAAAAUAAAUUAAAUGAUCUAUGCGAAACUACAAUUAACGCUGUUGAUAAGGGAAAAAAAGAUGAAGAUAAAAAUAUUAAUAUAGAUCUCGAAUAUAAUAAAUUCAUCAAAGAAGUUAAUUUAAAUUAG